CAAUCAGGAUCCGCGCGCGCUUCCUCAGCCGCUCCCUCUUUAGAACGUUGUAACUGACAGCGCUUCGCGCCAAUUCCAACGGCCGCCGGGAACGCGCCGGCCCCGCCCGUCGGUUCCAACGGCGCACGCCAAUGAGCGAGCUGCGGCGUGGUGAGCGACAGCAUCGUCGUCCAGUGGCAGUGGAGGGGUGGGGCCCGUCGCUCCGGGUUUCCUCUCCGGCUCGGUCUAUUCCCACCCGCCCCCCCCUCAGUCCCCGCGGGUUCUUCGCUGCGAAGAAAAUGGCGGCGGCGCCGAGCGGAGACGAGGAGAGAUUGGAAGAAAAAUCUGAGGACCAGAAUCUGCAGGGCCUCAAGGAGAAGUCCCCGAAGGCCAAAAAGAUGAAGAAGGAGAAGCAGAGGGAAGCCGAGCCGGCCGAGGCGGGCAAGGCCGAGACGUCCGAAGGAGCCGGGGCCGCCCCGGCCGCCCCCGAGGCCUCGGCCUCUCCCAAGCAGCGGCGCUCCAUCAUCCGGGACCGCGGCCCCAUGUACGACGACCCCACGCUGCCCGAGGGCUGGACGCGCAAGCUGAAGCAGAGGAAGUCGGGCCGCUCGGCGGGAAAGUACGAUGUCUACCUGAUCAACCCCCAGGGCAAGGCCUUCCGCUCCAAGGUGGAGCUUAUCGCUUACUUCGAAAAGGUAGGGGACACCUCCCUGGACCCCAACGAUUUCGACUUCACGGUGACGGGCCGGGGCAGCCCCUCGCGCCGAGAGCAGAGGCCCCCCAAGAAGGCCAAAGCGCAGAAGGGCCCCGGGACGGGGCGUGGGCGGGGCAGGCCCAAGGGCAGUGGCUCGGCCCGGCCCAAGGCGGCCGCCUCGGAGGGCGUGCAGGUCAAGCGGGUGAUCGAGAAGAGCUCCGGCAAGCUGCUGGUCAAAAUGCCAUUCCAGCCGGGGCCGCCGGGGGGCGCCGGAGGGGCGGGGGGCUCGGCCACCACCUCGGCGGCACCGGGGGCGGGCGGGCGGCGGCCUGGGCGCAAGCGGAAGUCGGAGUCGGACCCCCAGACGCUGCCCAAGAAGCGGGGUCGCAAGCCGGGGGCGGCGGCGGGGCCCGUGGGGCCGGCGGUGGCCGAGCCCAAGAAGAAGCUGGUGAAGGAGCCGUCCUUCCAGGCCGUGCAGGAGACGGUGCUGCCCAUCAAGAAGCGCAAGACCCGCGAGGCCGUGGCCCUGGAGGUGGCCCCCCCGCCCCCCGAGCGCAGCCCCAAGGGACCCCGUCCUGGGCGCCGGAGCAAGGAGAGCAGCCCCAAGGGGCGAGGGGGCAACGCCGCCCCCGCCUCCCCCUCCCCCAGCCGCAAGGAGCCACAGCCGCCCCCCCCACCGCACCAGCCGCCCCCCGCGCCUCUGGCCCAGCCCCCCGCCAGCCCCAAGGACAGCGUGAGCCCCCCCGAGGCUCAGGACUUGAGCAGCAAGGGGCAGCCGGAGAGCGACGGCUGCCCCAAGGAGCCGCCUAAGACUCAGCCGCCCGCGGUGCUCUACAAACACCGAGGGGAGGGGGAGCGCAAAGACGCUGUGUCCACCUCCUCCUCGGCCCCCCGGCCCAGCAGCAGGGACGAGGCGGUGGAUACCAGGACGCCUGUCUCGGAGCGCGUCAGCUGACUUUGGGCGGCCCACGGCUAGCGGGACGGACGGACAGACAGACACACACCCCCCCCCAAGACGAGAGGCAGCUGCUCCCGGGUAGGGCUCCGGCAAAGCACCUCCCCAGCCCCACAGCGCCCCCUGGCUUCCACCCCCCCUCCACUUCUCCCCCCCUCCCCGUUUUUACUACCAAGAAGCACAGUGAGGGGUG